AUGCUGCGUCGCACAUCGCAAUGCCUGUCACGGCGCCAGAUUUCGCUCCUAAAGCCACGCUGUCUCAGCACCACUGUUCCGCAUGGACUGGCCACUCCGACUUCUGGCUUCGCUCCAACAUGGGACAAGAUCAAAGAGACAUUGAAGCCUCCGAUCGACCAAUUCAUGCCAAAAACUCGCCCUUCCUACACCAUUGAUACUCCCUCGCCAACAAACUCCAAUGAUCCUCUGCGCACAUGCACCGUCCUAACUUCGAAUCCCUCCACCACUUCUCUUCAACAAUUGCUCGAUCAAAUUCCUCAAUUCCAACCAGCCAACGAGUCUGGUCUCUUUACCGACUUUCUCCUCCUCGUCACCCCUUCUUAUGCCGCAAGUCUGCGCAACCAAAAGCAUGGCAUUGAACAAGCCUUGACCCGCAUCUUUCCUGCCAAAGAGUUGGAUAGGGACACACACAACUCGCUCGGAGGUGAUUCUAGAGAAGCCGUUAGACUCGUCGCCGCUGUCGUCGAUAGGCUGCCCAAACCUUCUGAUCUCUCUGCUUCUGCUGUUGGUGACACGGGCUCCGAGGGAAUUGCCCUACGAUUGAUUGCCAACGAGAACCCAAUCUGGAAGCCUGAACUCGCAACUGAAGACCCUCGUGCUGCUCUCUCUGACAACAAGUUCCGCUUCUUGAGUUUCCACCUCAACGAUGCAUCUACACCUCCUCACAUGCUUCCAAUCGUCCAACUCCCUCUCGCGAACACCAUCUUCCACAAUGGUUUAUCCUCGACUUUGAUCUGGCGCAAAUAUGCUGUACAACAAGGUGGAAAGGGUCUCACUCAGAUUGGCGAACAAGUCUGUGACUCGCACCGUGUCAAACUUCCUCAGCCAGCGGCAUCUCAGGAGGCCAACAAUCUUGCUCUGUCGGUGCCUUUGGUACCAUUGACAUCUGCCAGAUCUGUUGUUGCAUGCAUGGGAAACAUCAUCCGUCGCUUGUCUGCUAAUUCUGGUCUCGGCCCUGCGGAUGACUCAAAAGAAGCUAUCCUAGCCUCUCACGAGCUCGAGCAGUCUGUCACUUCGUACCACAAGACCCGUGGCCUCUCUCCUCGCGCCGUUUCUGUAUGGGCUCUUGUCAUCCCAGAGAAGACCUUCACCGGAGGCUUGUCCAUGGCAGCCAAAGUCCUUGGCGAGCGAAAUCUGCCCGAGUUGUGGAAGGCUGGUUCUGAUCAUCACACCGACCCCUCUCAGCCCAACCUUUUGACCUUGUUACAGAAUGGAGCUCGUCUUCACAAAGUUUUGUCCGGAGGUGGUGGUUGGGGCAAGAAAGCUGGUCUGCUGUCCUUGGAUCCCGAUUCUGGUUAUGGUCAGCACCCAUCCUGGGAAGAGAUUGCGCCAGCACAACAGACCGAACCUGAGUACAUCCAAGGUUUGUCACCCGUGCCAGCAGAUUUGCAUCGCGUCUGGGGUGUUGAGCCUCAAGAACUGCCUAGCAUUGUGAACAAGGGAGAUUAUAUCCAGUUUUACAUCUCACCACCAGCCUCUUCUGAAGAAGCACCUGCACAGUCUGCACCGACCACGAACACGCCAGACCAGACUAUGUCGAAUGUCAAGACUGUAGAGUUUGGCAGUAUUCCCAGCACCGUCGAUGACAUGCCAAGCAGUCAAUCAGCUGCUGCAGCUGCACAAAGUGAUGUGCAAGUCUACCCGAACCACUUUGGUGCUUUGUCCGAGACCGGUAUUGCCAUGUUCUUCGGUUUGCAAUCAGACAAAGCAUCAUCUUCGAACAUACGUGAUGCCACUGAUGCAGCCACAAAGGUCGACGUGCCUUUUGGUCGAAUCAGGUCUCGGUCGCAAGUUUCAGCAGCAUCUUCCAAGCCAAAACAGGCGCCGACGGGCUUUGGUUUCUCACCAACUCAGCCGCUACAGUCGAUGAUGUGCGGCCCCUCUAUCUCACGGCAGCUCCUGUAG